CUCUCCCCACUCUCUCUGCCUCCUGCCUAAGGCCACAGAACGUGUCAUCAGUGCUUUGGCCUCCCCUCCGCCAUGCUCCGCCCGGGCGCGCUGCGGCUUCGGGGUCUGGCACUGCGGGGCUCCCCUGGGCGCCCUAGUUCCACCGGCCGCCGGGAAGGACAGGAAAGCCCACCCUCAGCUCCAGAAUGGAAGGACAAGGCAGAGACGGUGAUCAUUGGAGGUGGCUGUGUGGGCGUGAGUCUGGCUUAUCAUCUGGCCAAAGCAGGGAUGAGAGAUGUGGUCCUACUGGAGAAGUCGGAGCUCACGGCUGGCUCUACCUGGCACGCAGCAGGCCUAACAACUUACUUUCACCCCGGCAUAAACUUGAAGAAAAUACACUAUGACAGCAUCAAACUGUACGAGAAGCUGGAAGAAGAAACUGGACAGGUGGUGGGAUUCCAUCAACCAGGCAGUAUCAGACUUGCUACGACUCCUGUAAGGGUAGAUGAAUUUAAAUAUCAAAUGACCCGGACCAACUGGCAUGCCACUGAACAGUAUCUUAUUGAGCCUGAAAAAAUCCAAGAGAUGUUCCCUUUACUCAACAUGAACAAGAUUUUAGCUGGACUGUAUAACCCAGGAGACGGGCACAUUGAUCCUUAUUCUCUGACAAUGGCCCUGGCUGCCGGGGCUAGGAAAUACGGGGCCCUUCUGAAGCAUCCUGCACCCGUGACAUCUCUGAAGCCCAGGCCAGAUGGAACAUGGGAUGUGGAAACUCCACAAGGAUCUAUGAGAGCAAAUAGAAUUGUGAAUGCUGCCGGAUUUUGGGCUCGUGAAGUAGGUAAAAUGAUUGGACUAGAGCAUCCUCUCAUCCCUGUUCAACAUCAAUAUGUCGUCACAUCAACCAUACCGGAAGUGAAAGCUUUGAAACGAGAGCUUCCGGUACUCCGCGACCUGGAAGGAUCCUACUACCUCCGACAGGAAAGGGACGGGCUCUUGUUUGGGCCAUACGAAAGUCAGGAGAAGAUGAAGCUUCAGGCCUCCUGGGUCACUCACGGAGUCCCUCCAGGCUUUGGAAAAGAACUUUUUGAGUCUGACCUGGACCGGAUCACGGACCACCUAGAAGCUGCCAUGGAAAUGAUUCCUGUUUUGAAAAAGGCAGACAUCAUCAAUAUCGUCAAUGGCCCCAUCACCUACUCUCCCGACAUUCUGCCUAUGGUGGGGCCCCAUCAGGGGGUCAGAAACUACUGGGUGGCCAUAGGCUUUGGCUAUGGCAUAAUCCACGCUGGAGGGGUAGGGAAGUUCCUCAGCGACUGGAUCCUGCACGGAGAACCCCCUUUCGACCUGAUAGAACUGGAUCCCAAUCGCUAUGGCAAAUGGACCACGACCCAGUACACCGAGGCCAAAGCCAGAGAAUCGUACGGGUUCAACAACAUUGUCGGUUAUCCUAAAGAAGAGCGGUUUGCGGGGAGGCCGACCCAGAGGGUCAGUGGGCUCUACAAGAUCCUGCGGUCCAAGUGUUCCAUGGGCUUCCAUGCGGGCUGGGAACAGCCACACUGGUUCUACAAACCCGGCCAGGACACUCAGUAUCGGCCAAGUUUCCGCCGCACAAACUGGUUUGAGCCAGUGGGUUCUGAGUACAAACAGGUUAUGCAAAGAGUUGGUGUAAUUGACCUGUCUCCAUUUGGCAAGUUCAACAUCAAAGGCCAAGAUUCCACCCGACUUCUGGACCAUCUCUUUGCAAAUGUCGUUCCUCAGGUGGGCUUUACAAACAUAAGUCACAUGCUGACACCCAAAGGCCGAGUGUAUGCUGAGCUUACGGUCUCGCACCAGUCCCCGGGCGAGUUCCUGUUGGUUACGGGUUCGGGAUCAGAGCUUCACGAUCUUAGAUGGAUUGAAGAAGCAGCUGUCAGAGGUGGAUAUAAUGUUGAAAUUCAAAACAUAACUGAUGAGCUUGGGGUCCUGGGAGUGGCAGGGCCAUAUGCACGGCGAGUCCUUCAGAAGCUGACCUCAGAAGAUCUCAGCGAUGAUGCUUUCAAGUUUCUUCAAACCAAGUCUUUAAAGAUGUCUGACAUUCCUGUCACUGCUAUCAGGAUCUCUUAUACGGGUGAGCUGGGAUGGGAGCUGUACCACAGAAGAGAAGACUCUGCAGCCCUGUAUGAGCUCAUCAUGAACGCGGGCCAGCAGGAGGGCAUCGACAACUUUGGAACAUAUGCCCUGAACGCCUUAAGACUGGAGAAAGCUUUCCGAGCGUGGGGCGCAGAGAUGAACUGUGAUACAAACCCCUUAGAAGCUGGACUGGACUAUUUUGUCAAGCUGAAUAAGAUCCUCCACUGGCUUCACCUUCAGCAAAGCUGAAUGGCAGUGGUGAGGACAAACACCCUGGCCUUGACCCUGACUGCAGGAGGAAAACAUCGUCCCCAUCACCAUGGACGGCGUUCACUGUAGGUGUGCACGGCUCCCCUUCACCAUGGACGGCGUUCACUGUAGGUGUGCACAGCUCCCCUUCACCAUGGACGGUGUUCACUGUAGGUGUGCACGGCUCCCCUUCACCAUGGACGGCGUUCACUGUAGGUGUGCACAGCUCCCCUUCACCAUGGACGGUGUUCACUGUAGGUGUGCACAGCUCCCCUUCACCAUGGACGGUGUUCACUGUAGGUGUGCACGGCUCCCCUUCACCAUGGACGGCGUUCACUGUAGGUGUGCACGGCUCCCCUUCAUUAUGGACGGUGUUCACUGUAGGUGUGCACGGCUCCCCUUCACUAUGGACGGCGUUCACUGUAGGUUUGCACGGCUCCCCUUCACCAUGGAUGGUGUUCACUGUAGGUGUGCACAGCUCCCCUUCACCAUGGACGGCGUUCACUGUAGGUUUGCACGGCUCCCCUUCACCAUGGAUGGUGUUCACUGUAGGUUUGCACGGCUCCCCUUCACCAUGGAUGGUGUUCACUGUAGGUGUGCACAGCUCCCCUUCACCAUGGACGGUGUUCACUGUAGGUGUGCACAGCUCCCCUUCACCAUGGACGGCGUUCACUGUAGAUUUGCACUCUUUAUUUCAGUCUGAAGCGAUUUCUUCUGUUCCUAGUGCUAAAUGUUUCCUUUUAAUUGGGAGUAGAUAUUAGUUUGAUUAAAGGGUUUUUCUACAUGUAA